AUGUCCAAAAAAAUCGACCUUUCUCUCUUUCGAGGGGACGAUUCUGGUGAUGAGAUGGACUUGCUUCCUCUCACGCGCAAUCCUGUCGAGCUCGACCCUCUCAAAUCUCGAACGUUUGCGCAUGGAGUAACCAAGAAGACAAAGAAAGAUUUGGAGAGGGAAGACGAGGAGAGAAAGCGCGCCGAGGAGGAGGCGUUCGUCCCUGUACAAGCGUAA